UUACUUCCGGCAGGUUUUUCUCCCUUUCGCUCCCCGGCUUCCCCUGUAGUUCAGGUCAGGCAGUGCUGCUGAGAGCUCCGCACCGACACCGACAUGACGCGCAGCCUCCUCCUCCUGGUCCUUCUGGGCGCUGCUGCCAGCACCGCAUGGGCCUCCGACGUCUUGGAAUUCACGGACGACGACUUUGAAAGCAGCAUCUCCCAGUAUCAGAUCAUCCUGGUCGAGUUCUUUGCCCCAUGGUGCGGACACUGUAAGAAGCUUGCACCCGAAUUUGAGACUGCUGCCACCAAGCUGAAAGGAACGGUUGCUCUGGCUAAGGUUGACUGUACUGCAAACUCUAACAUUUGCAACAAAUUUGGAGUCAGUGGCUACCCUACUCUUAAGAUCUUCAGAAACGGAGAAGAGUCUGGUGCUUAUGAUGGCCCUAGGAAUGCUGACGGAAUUGUCAAAACAAUGAAGACACAGGCCGGUCCUGCAUCUGUGGAUCUGCGAUCUGUUGAAGAAUUUGAAAAAUUCAUUGGUGACGUUGAUGCAUCUGUGGUUGGCUUCUUCCGUGAUCUGUAUGGCACAACCCAUUCUGAAUUUCUGAAGGCAGCCAACACCCUAAGGGAGAAAUACCGCUUUGCGCACACAGAUGAAACAGAACUAGUGGAUAAACAUGAUUCUAAUGGCGAGGGGGUUGUUCUAUUCCGUCCAACACGUCUUGCAAACAAGUUUGAGGACAGUUCUGUCUCCUUCCCUGCCGAUGAGAAGAUCACCAGCCACAAAAUAAAGAAGUUCAUCCAGGAUGAAAUUUUUGGCAUCUGCCCCCACCUGACUGAGGACAACAGAGAAUUAAUCCAAGGAAAGGAUCUACUUGUGGCCUACUAUGAUGUGGACUAUGAGAAGAAUCCCAAGGGCUCCAACUACUGGAGGAAUAGAGUAAUGAUGGUGGCAAAGAAGUUCCUUGAUGCUGGUCAAAAACUCAGUUUUGCCGUUGCCAACCGGAAGUCUUUUGCUCAUGAAGUCACGGAGUUUGGUUUGGAUGCCAGUGCUGGAGACGUUCCUGUUGUUGGAAUUAAAACUGCCAAAGGAGAUAAAUAUGUAAUGCAGGAGGAGUUCACCCGUGAUGGAAAGGCACUAGAGCGAUUCCUGCAAGAUUACUUUGAUGGCAAACUGAAGAAAUACCUAAAGUCUGAGCCUACUCCUCAGAACAACGAUGGCCCAGUCAAGGUGGUUGUAGCUGAAAACUUUGAUGAAAUUGUAAACGAUGACAGCAAGGAUGUUCUCAUUGAGUUCUAUGCUCCAUGGUGUGGACACUGCAAAAAUCUGGAACCCAAAUACAAGGAACUUGGAGAGAAGCUGGCAAAUGAUCCAAACAUUGUUAUUGCCAAGAUGGAUGCCACUGCUAAUGAUGUGCCUUCCAGCUAUGAAGUCAGAGGGUUCCCCACAAUUUACUUUUCACCAGCUGGAAGUAAGCAAAGUCCAAAGAGAUACGAGGGUGGCAGGGAGGUUAGUGACUUCCUCAGCUACUUGAAGAAGGAGGCUACAAACCCUCCAGUUGUUAAAGAUGACGAAAAACCCAAAAAGAAGAAGAAAGAAGAAUUGUAAAGGAGCUCUUGACAAAGCACUUCUGCAGGUUGGGAUUGUCAUCCUGACGUUACUGGGAUUUAAUGGGGACCCAACAUGUGGACACUGAAGCAAAGCUUUCUUGAAAGGAAUUUGACAGUUGUAUAGAGAUUACUUCUUAGAUGCACUGCUGGAAAGAUCCAAGGACCUAUGAAUAUCUGUGGUUUGUCUGGGGGCACCACUUUUCCAUCUAGGUUGGGAGGGACAGGGUGGGGGUAGGGAUCUGAAAUUGGAUGGUAUUUGUUUUGUUACCUUUUUUAUUUUACUUGUUUUGUACAUUUGAACCUGAUUUGACAAUAAACACCCUUCCCCCACCUUA